UUUCUUUGCUUUUUUAAAUUUCCCAAUUUUUACUUUUGCAAUUCCCAAAUAAUUUUAUUUUAGGGUUCGUUCAAAUUUUGCUUGCAUUUAGAUAAGGUGACAAAAUAUCCAGAAGGUGGUCUUCCUUAGCAGUAGCUUCAUUAUAAUAAGUUUAGGUUUCCCGUUCUUCCAAAAAAUAACUCUCAAUCAAUCUUAUGGCUGCUACUUCUGCUGUCCAUUUUACUGUGAAUUCCUCAGAAACAAAGAGACCCAUCUUCUUCACUUCGCCGUUUAGACAAAUUCCAACCAAAAGAUUCAACCUUUCUUGCAGGUCCACCAAGUCUCCUCCAAAAUCUCCACCAGAUUUAGCAGAACCCAACAGCAAGAACAACAACAAGAAGAACGACGACAACAACAACAAAAAAAACCCAUCUUUAUCUUUGUCUGAGCAACUCCAGCCUCUAACCUCAACCACUCUCUCCAACCCUCCCAAAGACCAAUCCCAAUUGCUUUCCAAGCCGAAGUCCAUUUGGGUGAACCCCGCCAAGCCCAAACGCUCUGUGCUCUCUCUGCAGAGGCAGAAACGGUCACUUUACUCUUACAAUCCUCAGGUGAGAGAUCUCAGGCAGUUUGCUCAUAAGCUCAAUGAUUGUGAUGCCUCUCAAAAUGCUUUCUUGGCUGCUCUUGAAGAAAUCCCACACCCACCCACUAGGGAAAAUGCGCUUUUGAUACUCAAUAGCUUGAAGCCAUGGCAGAAAACCCAUAUGUUCUUCAAUUGGGUGAAGGCCCAGAAUUCAUUUCCCAUGGAUACCAUAUUCUACAAUGUCACAAUGAAGUCUUUGAGGUUUGGGAGGCAGUUUCAACUCAUUGAAGAGCUUGCUGAGGAGAUGGUAAGCAAUGAGAUUGAGCUUGAUAACAUUACUUACUCCACUAUAAUUACUUGUGCCAAGAGGUCCAAGCUUUUUGACAAGGCAGUGGAGUGGUUUGAGAGGAUGUACAAGACUGGUUUAAUGCCUGAUGAGGUGACUUACUCUGCUAUUUUAGAUGUUUAUGCCAAAUUGGGAAAGGUUGAGGAGGUUCUUAGUUUAUAUGAGAGAGGGAGAGCUAGUGGGUGGAAACCAGACCCCAUUGCAUUUUCUGUCUUGGGUAAGAUGUUUGGUGAGGCUGGGGACUAUGAUGGCAUUAGGUAUGUCUUGCAGGAAAUGGCUGCUCUUGGUGUGCAGCCUAAUUUGGUUGUGUACAAUACUUUGUUAGAGGCAAUGGGCAAGGCUGGAAAGCCUGGUUUAGCAAGAAGCUUAUUCGAAGAAAUGGUGGGAUCUGGGCUGAAACCAAAUGAGAAAACAUUGACAGCGCUUGUUAAGAUCUAUGGCAAGGCUAGGUGGGCUCGAGAUGCUUUGGAAUUAUGGGAACGAAUGAGGUCGAACGAGUGGCCUAUGGACUUCAUUUUGUAUAACACAUUGUUGAAUAUGUGUGCUGACCUUGGUUUGGAGGAGGAAGCUAAGAAGCUUUUCGAGGAUAUGAAGCAGUCGGAGCAUUGUAGGCCGGACAGUUGGAGUUACACGGCAAUGUUGAACAUUUUUGGGAGUGGAGGGAAUGUUGAUGGGGCAAUGGGGUUGUUUGAAGAAAUGUCUGAGUUGGGGAUUGAGCUGAAUGUCAUGGGGUGCACUUGUUUGAUUCAGUGCUUGGGGAAAGCUAGAAGAUUCAGCGAUAUGGUUCGAGUCUUUGGUGUUGCAGUUGAAAGAGGGGUUAAACCAGAUGAUAGGCUUUGUGGGUGCUUACUGUCCGUUGUGUCAUUGUGUGAAAAAACGGAGGAUGAGGAUAAGGUCCUCUCUUGUUUGCAGCAGGCUAAUCCCAAGUUGGUUACCCUUGUCAAAGUGCUGCAAGAUAAGAAACUUGGGUUUGAGACAAUUAAAGAUGAGUUCAGGGAUGUUAUUAGUGGCACGUCGGUUGAAUCCCGGAGACCCUUCUGUAAUUGCUUGAUAGAUAUAUGCAGAAACAAAAACAACCAUGAGAGAGCUCAUGAGUUGCUCUAUCUGGGAACCCUAUACGGGUUGUAUCCAGGUUUACACAACAAGACUUCGAGGGAGUGGUGUUUGGAUGUUAGGUCACUGUCCAUUGGUGCAGCUCACACUGCACUUGAAGAGUGGAUGGGAACACUCUACAAAAUUGUUCAGCGUGAGGAGGCGUUGCCGGAGUUGUUUUCAGCCCAAACGGGUACGGGAACACACAAGUUCUCUCAAGGGCUGGCUCAUUCCUUUGCUUCUCAUGUGGAGAAAUUGGCUGCACCAUUUAGAAAAAGUGAAGAGAAAGCUGGUCGUUUUGUGGCGACCAGGGAGGAUUUAGUAUCUUGGGUGCAGUCACAGGCUCCAUCUACAGCCAUCACAGCUUAGCUGUUGGACCAACUAACAGUCAUCCUUCAUCAAUGCUUAUAUGUAUGUUUAUACUUGUGUAAUUUCUAGUUUUUUACACCCUCGUUCAAAUGUGAAAUGUAUUAUCUUAUUUGGAUCGAUGUAUAUUUCACAACUUUUUGUAGCCCUAAUUUUUAAGCAUGAGAUCCAUAUAUAACUUUAAAAAGCUUUCACAA